AUGCAUUUUGCUCAAACUCGUGACGCCUCAAUUACAAGAGUCUGGAUAUCUGCGACUGGAUAUGAUGGUGAUGAAUUUGAUAAAGACUCCGUCGCUUCAUCAGAUUUCACAACACCCGUACGUGCAUCGCUCUCUUCUGACUCCUCACCUCCUCCCGUUUUGAAAAGAAAGAUGGUAAUUCAAAUGAAAGAGGACAUACAAGACGAGGCGAUGUACUUAGCUGACGAAUAUUUCCGUGAUAUCAUCAAGUACACAAUGCAUCGACAGAUGAUGGACCGUCCUUCCCCCAACAUCCAAAACCAGGUUUCCGAAGAAAUGCGGACCAUUCUGAUCGAUUGGUUUAAUGAGAUUGCGAGGGAGUACUGUAUGAAGCAAGAAACUCUCCAUCUGGCAUGCAGUCUAGUCGAUCGAUUUCUCUCUAUACUCAAUAUCGACAAGGACCAAUUCCAGCUUGUAGGGACCACGUGUCUCAUGAUUGCUGCGAAGUAUGAAGAAGUUUUUGCACCGGAGACUAGAGAAUUCUCGGUCAUCACAGACGACACAUACGGAGUCGAUGAGAUUCUUCAAAUGGAAAAAUUCCUUCUAUCACAACUGGAUUUUCUCGUCGCCCUUCCAACUGCAGCGUGGUUCGCAGCCUCUUUUGGAAAGAGAAUGAGAUUUACUGAAAAGAUGACAAAAACUAUGAGAUAUCUUGUUGAUCUUUCCCUUCUGGAUGUCCAUUUUCUGAAAUACCGACCGUCGGACAUUGCUGCUGCAGCCGCCUGUUUUGCAAACGUACAAUUGGGUAAAGAAGCAUGGCCGAAGGAGAUGGUCAAAGAUACUGGAAUCGUCACAGAUGACUUUAUCGAUGUGCUGAAAGACCUUCAUCACAUGUACAUCACUGCGCCAACAUCGGAGUACAAGUCGAUCUUCAACAAGUAUUGCGAGACGGAUGAAAUGGAAGUUGCUCUUCUUUUUGCACCAACGUACUAA